UGAAAAUAGCAAUUUUCUAUGUUUUUCUACAAACUAUAACAAUUUUAUUAUUAUCUCUAUAUAAUAGAGUUUAGCUACUUUAAAAAAUAAUAUAGAGAUGAAUUGAAGAUAGUUUUAGGUCUUAUACUUAAAUCACUAUUAUCACUACCAGAUGUUUAGAAUCCUCUUGCAAUCAUCAUCCCAUCAUCAACAUUCAUCAUCAAUGCAGAUUCAUAUUUAAUCAUAUAUAUUGCUAUAUUUUGUGGAAAAAAAAAACUCAAAAUUGUAGUUCAAAUCAGCCAUGACUCAUGUAAAAUGCACUUGAAUACAUACUACAGCUUUUGCAUUGUCCAACUACAAAACCAAAUACAAAACUAGUUUACAUGAUCCAACUACUACUGCUCCUCACCUUAAAAUUCCCAUCUUAUUCUCCUAUAUGAAUAAAUAAACAAAUAAAAAAAACCUCAAACACUCCAACAAUUUUCCAAUCACCAUCUUUUCUUAACCUAAAGAAACUUAGGUUUCAUCUAAUUUCUUACAUGGCAAGCAACAAACACUUUCCCCUUCUCCUCCUCCUCAUCACCAUCACCACUACAUCGUCCACUUCGCUUGCAUCCGAUCAAGACAAACUCGUAAUCAAAAUCAUAGACGCAAUGAUCUCCGGAGGAAGUUUCGAAGAUUGGAGCCCAGCUUUCCUCGCAACAAACGACGAGAUACACGGCCAAGUUCUCACUUCAACCCUCUUCCUCCCCAAAACACCAGUCGAAGGAAUCAACGCAACGUCACCGCUCGUAGCUGCUUACCACAUCGUCCCACAGCUGCUCCACUUCUACAACAUAACCCUCAUGGAGCCUCUCUCUCGCAUCCCAACGCUUCUCUCUGGGAACUCCAUCCUUGUAACCAACAACUCAGCUUCGGGUUUUACACUAGAUGGCGUUCUCGUCUCGGAGCCAGAUUUGUUUGUGUCUCCUUCCAUUGUUAUCCAUCGUAUUGCUUCUCCCUUUAACUUCUCUCGUUACGGUGGCGACGAUCUAUAUUAAUAAAGUUACCUUUUAUUCGCUUUUCUACUUUGUGUUUCUUUCUAUUUUUAGUAUUUUAAAAUUGGUUAAGAAAAAGUUUUACAUGGAAUAUGUUUUGAGAAAUAUAUGGGUUCACGUGGAAAUCAAUACUAUUAAAAAGGAAGCAUUCCUAAAAAAUCUAUUUACAAAAAGUUGUUGGACUUAUUUGUUAGAAAUUUAACAUGUCUUCUUUUAUAUAGUAUCAAUAAUAUUAACAGAGAAUAAAACAUUCAUUAAUAGCAGAAUAUUCUUUUAGUUUUUGGGAUUUAACUACAUUUAAGCUAACAAUAAAAUCGAUCAAAGUAAUUAUACUUUACCCCACAAUAAUAGGUCAGUAUGGUAUUUUACCAAAUACAAGAGCGGUUAUUUAAUAUUUAUUCAUUUCGAAUUUUGAAUCAAAUCACAAAGAAUAAAUAUUUAUUCUAAACGUGGACUAAGUAAACAUACUAAAAAUGCACUAAGAUUUUUAUACUAAUUAACAACUUAUCUAUGUUUUUUCUGUAAUUCAAAAUCAUUCAGAACU